AGAGUGAGUGCUGUCAGCUGACUUCCUGUCUAAGGGAGGGACUGCUGCUAGUGUCCCUCUAAUCCUUUAGAUCCCGAAAAAUUAUACGGAGAGGGAAGGGUCCAUUCCGCGCCUCUUCGUGCAGAUACUAAGGAGGACUCAUCAUGGAAUGUGAGGUCUGAGGGACGCCACCAUGAUUGGAGGACUGUUCAUCUACAACCACAAAGGGGAGGUGCUCAUCUCCCGGGUCUACCGUGAUGAUAUAGGACGUAAUGCCGUGGACGCGUUCCGCGUGAAUGUGAUCCACGCUCGUCAGCAGGUGCGCUCCCCUGUCACCAACAUUGCCCGCACCAGCUUCUUCCACGUCAAACGCUCCAACAUCUGGCUGGCUGCCGUCACCAAGCAGAAUGUCAACGCGGCUAUGGUGUUCGAGUUCCUCUACAAGAUGUGUGACGUUAUGGCUGCCUACUUUGGGAAGAUCAGUGAAGAGAAUAUCAAGAACAAUUUUGUGCUCAUCUACGAGUUGCUGGAUGAGAUCCUGGACUUUGGAUACCCCCAGAACUCAGAGACUGGAGCACUCAAGACUUUUAUUACCCAGCAGGGCAUCAAAGGCCAGCAUCAGACUAAAGAGGAGCAGUCUCAGAUCACCAGUCAGGUGACCGGUCAGAUCGGCUGGCGACGUGAAGGCAUCAAAUACCGUCGCAAUGAGCUCUUCCUGGAUGUGCUAGAAAGUGUCAACCUGCUCAUGUCUCCACAGGGUCAGGUCCUGAGCGCCCACGUCUCUGGUCGUGUGGUGAUGAAGAGCUACCUAAGUGGAAUGCCUGAAUGCAAGUUUGGCAUGAAUGACAAAAUCGUAAUUGAUAAACAGGGAAAGGGAGGAACUACAGAUGAUCCUGGAAAAAGUGGGAAACAGUCCAUAGCCAUCGAUGACUGCACUUUCCAUCAAUGUGUGCGUCUCAGCAAGUUCGACUCUGAGCGCAGCAUCAGUUUCAUUCCUCCGGAUGGAGAAUAUGAGCUUAUGAGGUAUCGCACCACUAAGGACAUUAUUCUGCCCUUCCGGGUCAUUCCGCUGGUCCGAGAGGUUGGACGCACAAAGCUGGAGGUCAAAGUUGUCAUCAAAUCUAAUUUCAAGCCCUCACUCCUGGCACAGAAAAUUGAGGUACGCAUUCCAACACCUCUGAACACUAGUGGAGUGCAGGUGAUCUGUAUGAAAGGAAAAGCCAAAUACAAGGCCAGUGAGAACGCCAUUGUGUGGAAGAUCAAACGCAUGGCAGGAAUGAAGGAGUCUCAGAUCAGUGCUGAGAUUGAGCUGCUGCCCACUAACGAUAAGAAGAAGUGGGCCCGUCCACCCAUUUCCAUGAACUUUGAGGUUCCGUUUGCACCCUCUGGGUUGAAGGUGCGUUACCUGAAGGUAUUCGAGUCGAAACUGAAUUACAGUGACCAUGAUGUUAUUAAAUGGGUGCGAUACAUUGGACGCAGCGGAAUCUACGAGACGCGCUGCUAAUGAGCCCAGCAUUUUCUGUGCUAUAAAUAUAUACUAUGUUUCCCUCCCUUCCCUCUCCUCAACAUUUGUGGAUAAAAUGAAAAGGCAAAUUACAAAAAUAUGCACCAUGUGAAAUGUAAUAUCCUGUAUUUGUACAAGUGCUGUAAUGAACAGGUCCAGUGGAGAGCUUAAAGGCGCCCUCGGUUAAGACCAGAGUGGGUGGUCUCCAUUAAGGUCUCUGUGGCGUAUGUCUAACUUUAAAACCCCUUCCUGAUUUGAUGAAGUUGGUCUAAUUACACUGGCAUAUUACAGCAUUCUGCUUCAGUACGGUCAGUUUUGUCUGUGGUUAUUCUCAUAUUGGUCAUACUCUUAGUAUCUGAUGUCUCUCUUUCUCUGUGACUGUUUAGUUCAGUAAAAUAUAUAAUGGGGAAAAAA